AGCUGACGUCAUUAGUUAAUGCUAAUACACCGUUAGUUUUCUUGCACACACACUCUCUCUCUAUAUAUAAACAGAGAGACAGUGACAGAGAGAGAGAGAGAUAAGCAAAAGAUGGAGCAGUGACGGUGAGACGACGGUAACGAAGAAACAAAGAAGUCACGAGAAAUCUGGGGUUUAAAGCUCUCAACUUUGCGAUGGUUCUCGACGGAAACGGCGGUGCGGUUUGGCUAGGCGGUGGCGGAGAGCGGAUUCAGGAGGAGGAGAACGAGGAAGCUUCGUGGGGUAGGAAUCAAGAAGACGGUGGAGCUUCUCUGUCUCAUUUCAAGCCUAUGCUUGAAGGUGACUGGUUCAGUAACCCACCACAUCCACAAGAUCUCCAAAUGCUACAGAAUCAGCAGGAUUUCAGAUUCCUCGGCGGAUUCCCUUUCAACCCCAACGACAAUCUUCUUCUUCACCAGUCGAUUGAUUCGUCUUCCUCUUGCUCUCCCUCUCAAGCUUUCAGCCUCGACCCUUCUCAGCCUUCGUUCUUAGCCUCCAACAGCAAGUCCUGCCUCCUCAAUGUCCCUUCCUCCACAAACCCUUUCGACAAUGCAUUCGAAUUCGGCUCUGAUUCUGGUUUCCUCGGCCAAAUCCAAGCUCCUAUUUCGAUGGGGUUCGGCUCGUUGACCCAAUUGGGGAACCGUGACUUGAGCUCCGUCCCUGAUUUCUUAUCUGCUCGGUCGCUUCUCGCUCCGGAAAACAACAACUCGACGCCGUUAUGCGGCGGUGGAGGCGGAGGCGGGUUCACUCCGCUGGAGUUGGAAGGUUUUGGGAGUCCUGCGAAUGGCGGUUUCGUCGGGAACAGAGCGAAAGUUCUGAAACCUCUAGAGGUCUUGGCAUCGUCUGGGGCACAGCCUACUCUGUUCCAGAAACGUGCAGCUAUGCGUCAGAGCUCAGGGAGCAAGAUUGGGAACUCGGAGAGCUCAGGGAUGAGGAAGAUGAGCGAUGAUGGAGAGAUGGAUGAGACUGGGAUUGAGGUUUCAGGGUUGAAUUAUGAGUCUGAUGAGCUGAACGAGAGCGGUAAAGCGGCAGAGAGUGUUCAGAACGGAGGAGGAGGAGGUAAAGGUAAGAAGAAAGGAAUGCCUGCGAAGAAUCUGAUGGCUGAGAGGAGGAGGAGGAAGAAGCUUAAUGAUAGGCUCUACAUGCUUAGAUCAGUUGUCCCCAAGAUCAGCAAAAUGGACAGAGCAUCGAUUCUUGGAGAUGCAAUUGAUUAUCUCAAGGAGCUUUUACAAAGGAUCAAUGAUCUUCACAACGAACUUGAGUCUACUCCGCCUGGUUCUUUGCCUCCAACUUCAUCAAGCUUCCAUCCAUUAACACCUACACCGCAGACUCUUUCUUGCCGUGUCAAGGAAGAGUUGUGUCCCUCUUCUUUGCCGAGCCCUAAAGGCCAGCAAGCAAGAGUUGAGGUUAGAUUAAGGGAAGGAAGAGCAGUGAACAUUCACAUGUUCUGUGGUCGUAGACCAGGUCUCUUGCUCGCUACCAUGAAAGCUUUGGACAAUCUUGGAUUGGAUGUUCAGCAAGCCGUGAUCAGCUGUUUCAACGGGUUUGCCUUGGAUGUUUUCCGCGCUGAGCAAUGCCAAGAAGGACAGGAGAUACUGCCUGAUCAAAUCAAAGCAGUGCUUUUCGAUACAGCAGGCUAUGCUGGUAUGAUCUGAUCUGAUCUGAUCUUGUCCUGAAUCGAGUCCCAUUAAGCAGCUGUUGAAGCAGAGAUAGAAGAACUAAGCCAAGCCCCCCUCUUCAAGCAAGUCCAUUGAGAGCAUCUGUUGAAGCAGAGCUAGAAGAACUAAAGCCCCUUUAAGAUCUGCCAUUUUCUUCUCUGUUUCUUUUUUCAUUUCUGCAAUUUAAGCAUGCAUGCAACUGCAAAUGAGAGUUGUUUUUAAUUAAGCUUUGAGAACUUGGGGUUGUUGGGGACAUAACUUCAGCCUUCUUUUAGAAAUGUUAACUUCAUUAUGUUUCAUCUCCUCUAUAGCAUUGAUCAAGAAUUUCUUUUUUUAAAUACUUUUUUCUUCAUGACGAUCAUGCACAUAUACGG